CAUGUCAUUAGUACAUAGGUGGUUCUACUAAAUGCAUUAGCAGCCAUGGCAUCCACCUGCUAAUCAUUAGGUUCCAGAGUGAACCUGAUGUUGCUAAAAUGAAACCUUCCAAAGCUGCCAGGAAGUCUGCAGGCUCAGGCAUACCUCACAUAGUCGAUCACUUGGGAUUUCUGAGGCUUCCUCUGCACCCUUCACUUCUUUAACACGCUUAUGAAUUUGAAGUGCACUGCUGAGACAGGGGAUGAAUAUCACCCAAAAAACACGCAGCUGCCACCUCACAAAGAUCGUUUUCCAGUGUCUGCAAGCAAGGCCUGAGGCACAGCCACCUCGGCUCACUGUGGUGAACAGAGUGGUGUAACCCAAUGGACUUCAGAAACCUUGCCUGUGCCUUUGUGAGAGCAUCAUGGUCACUGGGAAGCAGAGGAAGAAGUUGCAUGACCGCCUCCGGCAGAGCCUGCGCUCGGAGAGGAACAACGUGAUGAACAUGGCCAACGGGCCGCACCACCCCAACCCACCGCCGGACAACGUCCAGCUGGUGAAUCAGUAUGUUUCGAAAAAUGUAAUCUCCAGUGAGCAUGUCAUCGAGCGAGAAACAGAGACCUCAUUUUCUACGAGCCACUACACCUCAACAACACACCACUCCGUGACAGUCACCCAGACACCUAGCCACAGCUGGAGUAACGGCCACACUGAAAGCAUCCUCUCUGAAAGCCACUCGGUGCUCGUCAGCUCCUCCAUGGAGAACAGCCGGCACGCCAGCCCAGCAGGGCCCCGGGGCCGCCUCAACGGCAUCGGUGGCCCACGGGAAGGCAACAGCUUCCUCCGGCAUGCGAGAGAGACCCCUGACUCCUACCGAGACUCUCCUCACAGUGAAAGGUAUGUCUCAGCUAUGACCACACCAGCUCGCAUGUCACCCGUCGAUUUUCACACUCCAACUUCUCCCAAGUCCCGCCCUUCCACAAUGUCACCACCGGCUUCCAGCUUGACCGUCUCCAUCCCCUCAGUGGCAGUGAGUCCCUUCAUAGAAGAGGAGCGACCACUGCUCCUGGUGACCCCACUGCAGCUACACGAGAAGUAUGACCACCACCUUCAGCAAUUCAACUCCUUUCACCACAAUGCCACCCACGAGAGCAACAGCCUGCCACCGAGUCCUCUGCGGAUAGUGGAGGACGAGGAGUACGAGACCACGCAGGAGUACGAACCAGCACAGGAGCCUCCAAAGAAACUCACCAACAGCCGGAGGGUCAAAAGAACAAAGCCCAAUGGCCACAUUUCCAGCAGGGUGGAAGUGGACUCCGACACGAGCUCUGAGAGCAGCAGCUCUGAGACCGAAACCGAAGAUGAAAGAAUAGGCGAGGAUACACCGUUCCUGAGCAUACCCAACCCUGGGGCGACCGGUCUGGAGCCGGCCACUGCCUUCCGGCUGGCUGAGAGCAGGACUAACCCGGCAAACCGCUUCUCCACGCCAGAAGACUUGCAAGCAAGGUUGUCCAGUGCGAUAGCUAACCAAGACCCUAUUGCUGUAUAAAACAUAAAACACAUAGAUUCACAUGUAAAACUUUAUUUUAUAUAAUGAAGUAUUCCACCUUUAAAUUAAACGAUUUAUUUUAUUUUAGCAAUUCCGCUGAUAGAAAACAGGAGAGGAAAAAAAAAACUUUUAUAAAUUAAAUAUACGUAUGUACAAAUGUGUUAUGUGCCAUAUGUAGCAAUUUUUUACAGUAUUUCAAAAAUGGGGAAAGAUAUCAAUGGUGCCUUUAUGUUAUGUUAAGUUGAGAGCAAGUUUUGUACAGUUACAAUGAUGGCUGUCCCAUAGUAUUUUGCAAAAUCUUUUAGCCCUCAGUUGUCCUAGCUUUUUUGUGCACUGCAUUAUGACUGGAUGUAUGAUUUGCAAGAAUUGCAGAAGUCCCUCUGGUCGCUUGCUGUAGAAUCCCCAGAUCAGAAAGCCCUGUAAUGGCACUCCCACUCUACCGUACCAGAAGAACACACAUACACACACACAGACAGAAAAAAAAAAAAAAGAAAAAAAAAAAGAAAAAAAAGAAAAGGGGAAAAAAAAAAGAUAAAAAAACUGGAAAAAAAAAAAUUUUUUCUUCUAUGAGAACUUUUAUUUGCUUCCUGUGUAUGAGAUGAAUUUUGUCUGCUCUCUGCCAGCCAAAAGGUUUGCUUCUUUGAGCACUGGGAUAAUAGUAGAUCCAACAGCAUGCUACUAUUAAUUACAGCAGGAUAACAAAAAACAUACAAAUGAAAAAAAAGCACCAACCUGCAUUAAAUAAUGUUACUUAUAGAAAGAAAGUAAUACUGUGAUUUUAAACCAAAUAUAUUAUUAAUCAGAGGUCAGCUUGUAAUCACUAGGAGCUGCCAUUUCAUUAUUUUCCAGAUAUUAAUUGUUCUAGUUAUCCCUUAGGAAAUGGGUUUAAGUUAACUGAGGCUUUGAACCCAAUACUCUAUUAAAAAAAAAAAAAAAAAAAAGGAAAAAAUUUUAAAAAAAUUUAUAUAAUAGCAGAUAUCUGUAACCAAGCAAGGAAGAGAUCUAGCUGGAAAACAAAUGCCACUAAUAAAAGUGCAAUCAGUUUUCACCUCUAUUUUUUAAUGUUGCUUUCUAAAACACAAUUUAUUCUUUUGUUUCCCCUCAAUUUUUCUUCCCUUUUUUUCUCCUUCUCAGAAAGAACCCUGACAAGCUUCUAGCAAUACAUUGUUAGAUUUGCUGUAGGAGUAAGGCUUAUUCUCGGACACAGAAAUGCUUUUCAGGGAAGAAAUUGAUUUGCUGAAUGGUUAAAAAGUAUGGGCACAUAGGAAGGACAUAGCAGAUGUAUGGAGAUUAUUUCUACUUGCCUUUUUUUACUCCAUUACUUGGGUAGAGAGAGGCAAGGAUGAUGCAAAGGCCACUUAUGAAGUCAAGCACACCAUGUGGGUUACAGCCACAGUAACGCAUGUGUGACUGAUAUCAGUGUUUAUAUAGCCAGUGACAGUCUUGAAGUCUUUGACCAGUAAUGAACAAGGAUGCUGUCAGUGCUGGAGCAGUUGCAUCCAUCCAGACAGAAGCAAAUGGCCUCUUUUGCACUGAAUUCCUAUCAGUUUAGUCAGGGUCACUCUGCCUCUUCUAUUCUUUUGAUUUUUUGUUGUGUAUUCAGUUGGCACAGCAUUGACUCAGGACUGAUGUGGAAAACAAAUGCUUUUCCUAGACUCUGGGGAUUCUGAAAAUGAGAACAUAUGUUUUACAGGUAUUACUGAGCUCAAAAUAAGAGCCAUGUCAAGAAAAAAAGAAUUUCAGCCAAACUACACUCAUCCUUUGGGCCACAUUCUGGUCCCAGUUAAAUGAAGAGAAAUACGUCAAAGAAAUUUUGUGAGAUGCAAACCUGAGGAACUAAAGACCCGACUCAGUAAAUUGUUCAAGCAUAUGCUUAUGCUAAUCCCAGCAGAAGUUACCUUGAGCAUGUGCUAGACUCCCAUUUACACACCCAGCACAUGCACAAAGUUAAGCAUGUGCUUAAGAGUUUUGGUGAACAAAGCAUGUCCUAUUGAUUUGAGACCUGAAAGCAAAGUAUAGUAAAAGAAGCUCUUUGCCAGGAUGACAAAAAUCAGUGAGCAGCUCACUGUAUAAAUAACUGUAUCAUACUAAUAAAAACAUGGGUGAGUCUACCUGAACACCAGAUUCAGCAGAAAAAGAACAAAACAACCCCUUGGUGUAGGAAGAAGAAGAUAACAAAGUUGUAGGAUGUUGGUAUGCUAGGAAACUAGCACAGCUUUGGGCUACAUGGUGGCUGAAAUGGCCCUGAUUAUUUGAGAAGUCUAUGGGAGAUGGCAAACACAUAGUCUGGACUUAAGUCCCCUUUGCCAUUUUUCCCUAGUUGGCAUGUACUUGAACACACUUUGCCUUUGCAGACUGAAACAAAAGCUCCCCUACAAAUUCUAGACAUCAUACUCUCAUUUUCAUCCCUUAAGUCAUGCCUAUUUAUCUGCAAUCCCAUGCAGCAGAACAUCCACCUCCCCAGUAAUUCUGCAACUCAGUUGUUCAGAGGGCCAAGUGGGCUUUCCUGAUGAAGGCCACGAGUUUCCAAAGGAUUCGCACUGUUGAGUUUCCAGAGGCAUUUGAAAAUCUGUCCUUUCAGGAAGGCCUCUGAUAUUGCAAAGACCUUGCAGGACAGAUGAGACAGAAAAAGGAUGGCAGAGAAACAAGAAAUUUCCCAAAAAAAUUCCCAUCUUAGUGGCAGAAUAGAGAUUAUAACACAAGUCUUUUGUAAACUCCUCCAGUAUAGAUCACCCACAAGGCCAGCUCUCACUGAAGUGUCUGUUAAUAGCCCAGACAGAUUAAUCAGGAUGGAAAGGGAACAUGCCUUGAAGUGGAGUAUAUUAUUUGACUACUAACACUGUUAUUAUAGAGGGCCAGUACAAAAUGAAGGAGCAAUUCCCUAUUGGGAGCUGUGCCUGUGAGAUUUAUUUGGUGCAGGUCUAGGGAAAAAUGUCACACCUCUUCUGCUGCAGUGCCUCAAAGUCAAAGCGGUGUGCAGUUCCCACUCUUCCUCCCUCCCGGGACAAACACAGUGUGUUAUAGGGUAAGCAUGAAAUUAGGCUGGAGACUUCACAUGGACCUAAGAACAAGAAAAUACAAAUGGGGAUAUGGCUGCCUAAGCCCUUAGGUCCCCGUGGAGAACCCAGCCUUACAGCACAAUUCAUGCAGCAGCAAGUUAACGGGGAAUUGCCCUAGCUUGGCACUCACAGAACUGAGAGAAGGACACAGCCCCCCACCUCUUAACUUGUGUUUAUACUCUGUGAGGGUGUUUCACAUCAGUCAAGUCCACACCCAGACGUUAGCGAGUCUACCUGGCCACAGAUGCUGCUGGCAGGCUGCAGCCAUCUCCUGCUGGCCAAGGGGCUGGAGGCUGCAGCAGCACGGAGCAGAGCCAGCAAGUGCCUACGGGAAAGGCCAGCUCCCCUGCUGGGGAUAUUUGCUUCAGUACCCAGACCUCUGAGCUAGGCAGUCCCAACACCCUUGAGCCAUCACUGUGUAAUCCUUGCCAGCUUUUUGGCUGAAAAGUCAUGGCAAGAGGAAACAUUCUUUGAAGAGGGGGGAAAUAUUCCAGUGGUGGCAGAGUAGUUGAGAUUGUCCUGGUUUAUUUCCAUGUCAUUUAAUUUUGGCCACGAGUUUUCCCUGUGUAUGUGUUUAUAUGCAGGAGUUAUUCCAGGACAAAAGGCUUCUUUAAGGGGUGUAUAGCUGGAGUAUAUUGUGCACAACUUGGGUACGGCCUACCUGCUCAGGGGGUGUAAAUCAUUACAGCUCCACAGAGGUUCUCAUGUAACAGAGAAAAGCCUACUUCCUCCUCUUGACCCAGUUAUUCUCUUCCUCACUUGAGCCACCCCAACACCCCCAGGUUUUAAGAGAUUAAUCACUGCCUUUAUCAGGGAAAAGGAAAGCUUCUUCUUUCCAGUCCUCCAAAACAACAAUGCUGCAUCUCCCUGCUUCUCUCACACACAUUGCAAGCAGUUUCCUGAGCAUCCAGGAUAGCAAACUAGUGUCUCCUCAAAGGACACACUUCUCAGCCUGUUGAGCACUUCUUGGCCCUGCAGUGUGGCUACUUACCAUCAGCUGGGACUUACUGCUAGUAAGAAACAAAAAAAGCACCUACGAAAUGCUGCAGAGAAGGGCAGACAAAGAACAUGGCCAAUUACCAUCAUUUGUAAUUCUCUAUUCUAUUGUAAAUACAUCUUGUACAUACAUGGAUGUUUUCAUUAUUUACUGUCUUUAUGGAUUAUAUGUUAAAUGAGAUGCUCUUAGUUUAUUGUGUAACACUGUAAAUAACAUAACGUCCUUUAUUAUUUAUGCAUAGGCAUCUAACACGCAGAGAAAGUUAUCCUCAUAUUAUUUUAAGAUAUAUGUCAAAAAUAUGUUGCAUUUUUCCUUUUGCUUUGAAAAAAUUGUAAUAUAUCCUCUUUUUCCCCUCUUUUCCUUUAAAAAAAAAGAAUGCUAAUUUAUUGUUCAGGAGAGAAAGGGGAUGUAACUGAAAGGCAAACUGUUCAAAGAACAUGCUAUGGAAGCCACAAGCUACUGAUAAACUAAAGAAUUUAUUACCCCAAAUACAGCAAUAAGUAAUUGUUGAUUUAUUAAGGUUUUGUUAUUCAUUUUCAGUAAAAGAGGUGCUGGAUUAAA